GUAUCCCACCAUGUACGAGGAGUCCAUGAACACCGUGCUCAUUCAGGAGCUCACUCGCUUCAACGGCCUGACGAAGGUAAUCACAGCGACCCUGAAGGACAUCCAGAAAGCCAUUCAGGGCCUUCUGCUGAUGAGCCCAGACUUGGAGCAAGUCUUCCUGUCCAUUUUCAACGGCAAGACGCCAGCGAUGUGGCUGGCAAACAGCUACCCGUCACUGAAGCCGCUGGGUGGCUACACAAAUGACCUGAUUGAGCGAUUGAAAUUCUUCCAGGCCUGGAUUGACAAUGGCAUUCCCGUGACCUUCUGGCUCAGUGGCAUCUACUUCACCCAGGCCUUCACGACGGGUGCCGCCCAGAACUUCGCACGAAG